AAACCACUUUCCACGAAUGACCAGUUCUUAGUUGCGGACAUAUACAGCAGAGAUUUCAAUUAUGGAAGCUACAUACACAUUGCUGCUAAUUCUAGCGGCGGCGAGUAGCGGAACAGCGACAACGUUAUUUAGAUCUGCAAGACAAGCCCCUGGAAGUAUUUUUACGGUUGGCAACGGUGAACAGUGUCUAGGGUCAGACAGGUCGACUGGCGGUGUAUGUUUAUCCAGAAAUCAAUGUAACACACAGGGCGGGAAAGCUAUAGGUUUCUGUGGGGUAUUCGCUACGUGUUGUUCAUUAAACGCUUGCGACAUAAGGACGAACACAAAAGUAGCUGUAUUCAUAAACCCUCCAUUGAAUCGGGAAUCCUCAGGACUGGAAUGUUCUUAUAACGUGGAAAUUAAUAAUAAUAACGUUUGUCAAAUACGAAUUGACUUCGAGACGUUUAACCUGGCUCCACCAACUACCGUGGAAACAGUGGAAAAUGUGACACAUCGGCCAGGUUACACCUGUAGAAACGAUAUAUUCCAAGUGACGAACCUACACGCAAACUCCGACAUCCUACCACCACUAUGUGGCGAUAAUAAUGCACAACAUAUGUAUGUCCGCGUGAACGCGUCCACGAACAGUAGAUCCAUCCGAUUGAACUUCAAAAUUGCUGACAGAAACACACAGCCAAAUCUUCCUCAAGCGACCUGGAAGAUCAAAGUCACCCAGCUGGAGUGCUUCAACACUUUGGGCAAAUACCGAGAUGGUUUCCUUGAAGCAAUAACAUCUUCUCUACCAGCCACGCCCUUCAGUUCUUCAGCUGAUAGGGACGAGUAUUUAAUAGCGCCACCUGGUUGUCUGCAGUACUACCCAGACCGAACAGGAUUCUUUGAAUCAUUUAAUUACAACCGCGGCGCUGGACCAUACAUCGCCAAUCUUGCGUAUGCGACGUGCUUCAAGCGUACUUCUGACGUCUGUGGGAUUAAAUUAACAGCUGCUAGCUUCGAAAUGGCAUACCGGACGGAAGACAACAUGUACUUGGACACUGACUGUCAGAUGAAUCCAGUAACCCAAGGUUCCAGUCAGUCUGAAGACUACCUUUUCAUUCCUGAAGCGGAAACUGCUGACGGCCUUAGGGGUUCCAAGUAUUGUGGCCUUAGCGCUUCCAACCAAAUUAUUGCAUCAACGCCCCCUGGACCGAUAUAUGUGCACUUCCACAGCGACAAUUUGGUGACCAAUGAUGUGCCCGAGGCCGGCUACCGGUUUAAUUACAACGUUCUAAACAAUUGUUAUCUUAGAACGAACACUUUCCACUAGAUGGCGCUGAUGUCAAAAAUAGCAUUUUUUUAGUUUAAAUUAUUGUGAAAGGGUUUAGGGACUGAACAAUUAAUAAUGUUCUGUUUGGUUAGUGAAUUAAUAAUGGCGCUUGUUCAAAUUAAAUAGAUUUUACAGUUAAAACAAUAGUAAAUUUUAAUUAAAGUACUCAAUUUUAAUGUAAUGUUCUCCAUAAAAUAAUGAUAAUGGAAUUAAUAAUUUAUUCACAAUCUAUUUGUGGUUAAUAUUACAUUGAAUUAUUUAUUUUAGACUGAUAUGUGCAUUUAUUAAAUAAUUUUAUAUAUA